GAAAAUUUUUCAGUCGCCAGUCCUCGUCGCACCCAGUUGUGUGCCUUAAUAUUCCGAAUAUUUUGAUUUUUCUCGCAAUACUUUUAAAAAUUUUGUAGUUUUUCACGCAAUUUUACACUGUUAUCGAUAUCGUCGAAAAUCACUUAACGCGUUGGUACUAUCGUCUUUGGUAUUUUUAAGAGAACGGUGUACUGCACGACGGCGCGCUUAUUCCGAGGCAUCCAUCCAGGUUUGAAGAAAGAACAGAUGCUGGGGGAUCUCCAGUUCCUUCCGGAGAUCAACACACUGGCAACAUGUCGGACGAGGACGCCGACUACCAGCUGGCCAUGCGCUUGCACAAGGAUCUAAACGGUGACGAUGACACCGCGGCAAACCGCUCGCAGGCAGAUGAAGACGGGGAUUUGCAGUUUGCCCGGCAGCUGCAGGCUCAACUCAAUGACAGCGAACUGGACAGCAGCCUCCAGUUCAUUUACUCCGACGGAGAACAACCUGAUAGUGUGCAGCACGCCAGACCUCCGCAGCAGAAACCAAAAGACUCAUACAAACCGGAGGAUGUGGCGCCUGACUAUCUUAAUCAGACCCAGAACCUGGUGCACCCCGGGUGGGAGCUGGUGGACCCUAGCCCCGACAUAUACUCGAUGUUUAGUCGGUUCAACCAGAAAUUCUUUCAAGAUCGACUCGGGGCCGUCGUCCUGGAGUGGAGCAAGCGCAUGUUUUCCUGCGCUGGCAUAUGCUACCAGAGGUCCAAUAGAUACAUUAAAGAGGUGACCAUCCGCCUCAGCGAGCCGCUGCUCAAGCUGCGUCCGCGCAAAGAUCUCGUCGAGACCCUGCUGCACGAGAUGAUACACGCCUACUUCUUUAUCCUAAACGUGCGCGAGGGCAAUGGCGGCCAUGGGCCAAAUUUUAAACAAAAAAUGAACAUGAUCAACAAGGUGGCGGGCACGAAUAUCACUGUGUACCACAGCUUCCACGACGAGGUGGCUGCCUAUCGCACGCACAUCUGGCGCUGCACUGGGAUCUGCCAGAACCACACUCCCUUCAUGGGCUGGGUGAAGCGCACCUCCAAUCGUGCUCCCGGCCCCAGCGACCAGUGGUGGGAGAAGCAUCAGCGCGAUUGCGGCGGCACAUUCAUGAAGGUCAGUGAGCCAACCAAGGCACCGAAGCCUCCCAAGGCAAUCAAGCCCCCUAAAACCUCGAAAAAGGCUCCGCCAGCCGUGGCUGAUCCCAAGACCGAUAUACGCGGGUGGUUUAAGAAGCCGCCGGCCAAGAAGCCAGCCACCAAUAAUGCCGUCCGGGGCGCCGUUCCGCCAUCGAAACCCUUGCAGGGCGGCAAUAAUUCUACAUUGCCAAAUCCCUGGCCGCCACAGUUUAAGCCAAAACCGGCUGGAGCCAACAUUAAGAGUUUCGGAGACUUGAGCCGCGACAGCGAAGAUGAUGAACCGCCGGCGAAAACCAACCGCGAGAAGUUUCCAUCGUUUAAAGAGACCGAAGAGGGCUACGCUAUGCCCGGAGCUGCGCAUGGAGAGGCCCGAAGCAUACGUGAAAUCCGUGAACGGCGCUUCGGCAAGCAGAAAAAGCAGACGCCGCCCAGUGAGCCCAGCGUAAAUGGCAACAAAAAAUCAGAACAAUGGGAGUCCUAUGACGAGGAUGUAAUGGUCAGAGAUGCCCCAGAGAUUAUGAUAAACCUAAUCGAUGAUUCCAGCAGUUCCGAUGAUGAGCCUGCUGCUCAUAAGGACAUGUCUAGCAAGAGAAAAAUUGAUAAGACGGCUGGGAAGGACCCCAAAAAGCGGCGCCGCGACGACGACACUAGUGACUGCGAAAUACAACAUUGGGAGUCCAUUGAGGAAGUCGAUGCAGUGCCGGUUAACCUCGACAGCGAUAGCGAGGAUGAUGAUGAGCAGCUGCAGUUCAAGGUGCCACCAAGACGCUUUCCCAUGAGCAGCCAGGAGCGCUCGGAGAAUGUAAAGCGCGAAGUUUUAGAGGAUGAAUCCAUUUCAUUCGUCAAAGACGAUAUCGUCUUCAUCGAUGACGAGUACAACGAUGAGGAGCGCGAGGAGGGCAACGAUCCUGCGAUUAACCCCAUCGGCAUGGAUGGCCACGCCUCGCUGUUGCUGGAGUUCCGUAACCACAACGACGUGGUGCCCAGCUGCUCCAGCCACGUCAAUAAUGAGGAGACCGACAUUGUCUGCUGUCCAAUAUGCUUCGAUUCGAUAAGGCGCAUCGAUCUGUCCAAUCACUUGGAUGGCUGCAGUAUUACACAGCGCGUGGCGCCGCCUUCCUUCAAACGUGCCGGCGGAGGCGGUGUCACCAAGACAGAGUCGUCUGUGCGCGGCCGCAAAUCCAAAUCGGAGUCGACCAAGAAUACACUGCGUUCCUGCGGCUACACUGAGUCCGAGGUCGCUGCCCUUAACCUGAGCAGCUCUAGCGACGACUCCACCUCGAUGCUGGCCAGCGAGGAUGAGCUAACACCGCGCCAGCGCCGCCAGCGUGGCCUGUUCAAGUCGACUGUCGGCUGCCCGAAGUGUGGUCAAGAGUUUAUGGGCCACCAGCUUGAGGCCCAUCGCCAAAUCUGCCCUGGCAAGAAGCGGCGCCACUGAGAUUUCACACACACACUCCACUUGAGAAUUGUUUUCCUUUACGUUAAUCUCUUUAAUUAAUAAAUAAUGUUACAAAAUGCGACCAAA